UGGUAGAUGGUAGGUCCCGUGCGAACCGGCCGUUUUUUUCCCGCGCCGGGCGCGAACGAAGCUUCCUGGAAGCUCACUCGGUUGAUCGUCUUCCUUGUCCCGCGUCCUCCUCCCUGCUAUAAACGCGAGCAUCGUCUUCUCCACCCCUCACCUUCCUGCCUCCUUCCUCCUACCUCGAUCCCUCCUCCGAUCCUCUCGUCAAUUCCAUCCCUCGGCUAUCUACAAGCUAAGGUAACACGUACCAUCGCGGUCGCGGCAUCGCCGCCAUGAAGCUUAGCGUGCCGUUCUUCGGCUCCUCCUCCGGCAAGAAGGUGACCAAUAAGAGGACGCGAUCAAAGGACGGCAAGAGCGGCUCCUUCGGCUCCACCACGUCGUCCUCGUCGGCGUCCGACGAGUGCGCGUCCGCCCUCACGACGCCGCGCACCGUCCUGCCGCUGCCGCCGGCGUCCGCGUCCGCGUCGGGGGCCGAGAGAAGACACCCGGCGGCGCCCCUGACGAGGGAGAACCUGGAGACCGCCCUGCGGCGGGUGGUCUCGAGCGAGGAGGAGCUGGCCGAGAUGCUCGCCGAGGCGGCGGGGUCCGGGGUCCUGCUGGAGGAGAUCGCGGCCGAGGCCCAGGCGGCGGCAGCGGACGAGGGCGAGCUCAGGGACACGUUCGCGGUGUUCGACGCCGACGGGGACGGCAGGAUCUCGGCCGAGGAGCUCCUCGCCGUGCUCGCCUCGCUCGGGGACGACCGGUGCUCCGUCGAGGACUGCCGCCGCAUGAUCGGCGGCGUCGACGUCGACGGCGACGGCUUCGUCUGCUUCAAUGAGUUCGCGCGCAUGAUGACGCAAGGGGUUUGAUAUGUCGGGGGCGCGCCUACUAGCUUUUUGCAGCUGUGUUCUUUGAUGCCGUCGUCGAUGGCCCUGUUUGGUUACCCGUGCCAGGGAGUCCUGUAAAUUUUGAGCAUUAAUUACGGUAUUAAAUAAAGUUAUUUUACAAAA